CAGAAAUUUCCAAUUUAUUAAGGGUUAUGCUACCAUAAGCUAUGACCUUUUCUCUUCCACCCUAAACUUGAAUGAGGAUGGCCCCAACUGAACAAUCAUCCGUGUGUAGGAUAAAUUGUCCCUCAUCAUUUAGCAGGAUGUACUGUUGACUAUUUCGACCAUGGGUAUUAUACAGAACCACAGGACAAGUCCGUCAUUUUGUCCUCUCCCAGUUCUUCGCCAGACACUUGCAGUGGGAUGUGUACGUCGGAUAUCUCAUGCAGCGGGUUUAAUUUCAACAAGCUUACCGCAGAAUGUCAGCUGUCACAGCUCUCUAAUCCUAAGUCAUCUUUAUGCAGUUCCUGUUUCUUUCAUAGCAAACGGUGCACAUCAGCACCUGACUCAAAAACUUUACCAGUAUCCAGCACAACCAUCAGUACAACUCCUGUGAAGUCUACCUCCAAUCUUUUUACUAAACCAACAAUAUCAAUGACGAAAUUCUUUACAACUGAGUCGAGUAGUGCCGUGUCCAAUGUAAAACCACGCCUGGUGACUUCCGCUAUUUCUAAAAGUAUUAAUACCAAUACAGCAGAUGUGAAACUUUUUCCAUACAUUACAAACAGUCGUUCUACAUUUGAACGACACAGCUCAAACACCAAUGACAAUAAAACUGAAAUAGUCAAGUUCCAGAUAACUACUGCAUCCAGCGUAAAGCCCUCAACAACAGAUAUUGGAACUUCAAAAAGUCUGGAUAAAAGUACCGAUAUAAGUAAUGUACGUCUGACCUCAAACAUAACACCUCAGCCCACUACAGAUGUCCGAAACACCACACCCAUCGCACUUACUUUUACAUCGUCAAACACUUAUUCACAUCCGAAUGCAAUAAAGGUUUAUACCCAAACCAGUCAAUCCCCCAAUAACACUCGUAUCGUUCAAUCGUCACAGUUUAGUGACCGUAUUUUUCAGAAUACUACUACGUCUAACCUAUUGCAGACAUUUACAACAGCAUUUUCCCCACUAAAUUUCACCAACGCAGUAUCAACGGCGGAUGUACAAAUGACAAGUGUUAACAACCAAAUCAACAAUUCAACUCCACGCAUUUUAUGCUCUUGUUCUUGUCGUGAAACUGAGUCCAACUUGGAUCAGCUUAUUUUGCAAAGAAAAAAAGAGCUGAAAGUGGAAGUUAAGACACUAUCGAUAACAAAGAGAAAGUAUAUUAGCGUAUCAGAUCCUCGUACGUCUUCCAAGGCUGUUGGAUAUCUUGGAAUCUUGAUAUUGUGCUUGUUUGGUGCUUUAAUUGUUGCAACUGACUUAAUCAAUCUCAUUCCCAAAGCUGCGAAGAUUUUACCAACGAAUACUUCAAGUUAGAAGUGUUUUGAUUAUGUUUACCCUUCUUCAACGAUACUGUAGUAAUUCAGUGAAUCAUAUUAUUUUGUAUGUACGAAUCUUGGCCAGUGCAGGAAUAGUUAUGUUAUGAGAAAGAUUUUUCUAAACUCUGAUGACCACGACACGUUGAAAAUUGAUCCUGUUGAGAAUUGACCCCAACCUCAGAGUUUUGAUCUGAACUGUAACUUAGUCUACACGGUUCAAAUGUACAAUCUUGCACAUAUUUGAACGUUUCAGUUUUAAAAUUUUCAUACACUCCGACACGUAUGCGGGCGUGGCUGAUUUUUUUUAGGUUGAUAUGUCCGAUUAAUCAUUUAAUUUUGAGACUGAAAAUAUGAUAUCCAUUUAUUAUUUCAAUACUAUGUAAAUAAAGCUAAGAAGAUAACGUUUGCUUCAGAAUGAAACAGGCGAGUCGGGCAAGAAUGCUUUUUGACAUUCUCUGCAAGUGUAGUGAUUUUUUGUAACGUAUUAUUGUAGAAUCAUUAAAUAUGACUUCUCAAAUAUUUACAUUUAUUACACUGCUUUAAGUUUAUCAAAUUAUUGUUUUAAUAUACUUUUAGACAUUUUAUAAACCAAAUUUUGAAGAAAAAAAAAUGAAUCGAUACUUUAAAGUAGAUACAUCAUGAUCAUUAAAAUGAUAUUUGAAUAUAGGCUUACAUGUACAUCAACAUACAAAUGAUAAUGAAUGUAUUCAUGCACAUCUAGUCAUUGAAUCAAACAUGUUUAAAUUUAAGAUGAACAAUAUCAAAUUGUGAAUUUGACAUUAAAUUUGUUUUACAUUCC